AUGGAUGAAUGGAAAAGUCGGCUUGUAAUCAAGAGCACUCUUCCCCAUUACGCCAUGGUGGGAAAUCGUCAGGAGCCCAGAAAGCUCCAGGAAUCGCCACAGGGCACCAUUAAGAGGCGACAAGCAGGAGACAACUUCCAGCAGUUUCCAGGCAUGGCUGACGGGGGUUACCCUAAUAAAAUCAAGAGGCCCUGCCAUGAAGAUCUCACCCUUUCUAUGGGCCCAGGUGCCCAGCCCAGUGCUCCCUGUGUCAAGCUGCAGGAGCCCCCGUUGUCAAUGAACGCAGGCGCAACAGCUACGGAUGUGGCUGGCCAGUCGCUCCUCCUGGAAAACAAUCCCAUGAACGGCGGCCUUGUGGGCUCACCAUUUGUGGUGCCUCCGACAACAGAAGUGGGGCUGAAAGGGCCCACUGUCCCUUACUAUGACAAAGUCAGUAGCGUGCCAAACAGCCUGCCAGCUGUAGACCAGGAACUUCAAGAUCUGCUAGAGGAGCUAACAAAAAUUCAAGAACCUUCUCCUGGUGAUCUAGAUCUUGAGAAGAUCCUGGGGAGCAAGCCUGAGGAGCCAGUGGUCUUAGAUCACCCCCUGGCAGCCCUAGACCCAACUCCCAAGGCCUCAGUUCACAUGUCACACUUGGAGGGCCUGGGUUCCAGCAAGGAGUUGGCUUCGAGUUGCAGCCAAGCGGCUGGCGUGUCACUGCACAUACCACUGUCCUCCACAGGGAUCAGCUACACGUUCCCUUCUACCAGUAAGCAGAUGGUCUCGCCCAGUUCUUCGACAGCACAGGCCAAGAACCAGGGCCAAGCGAUGCUCUCUGUCACUGUGCCACCACCCCAGGUGCCUCAGUGGCAUCAUGCUCACCAGCUGAAGGCAUUGGCAGCCAACAAGCAGGGCUCUGCUAUGAAGACACAAGGGCCCCCACCCAGUUGGUCUGGUCUGCCUCCACCAGGCCUCUCCCCGCCCUAUCACCCAGUGCCGUCGCCACACCCACCACCACCGUUCAGCUCGCAGAGCCUCAUGGUAUCCUGCAUGUCGUCCAGCAACCUGCCAGGUAGCAGUCUCCAAGGCUCUGCCAAUGCCUUACUCACCGGCAUGGCUACCAGCAGCAACACUGUCCUGGGACCUGUCAUGACCUACGUUCCCGAAAAGCUCCCCAGCCCAGCUCUCAACCAGCAGUCACAGUUCAACCCUCAAAGCUCCAUCCCUGCCAACCUGGUGUCCUCGAGCAUCAAGAGCCCCCAAGGGCACCUGAUGUCCACUCUGCCCACCAGCAACGCCGGGCCCUCACCACCCUACCGCCCGGAGAAGCUCUCCAGCCCAGGCUUACCGCAGCAGUCCUUCACCUCCCAGUGCUCGCUGCUCCGGAGCCUCACACCCACCAGUUCCGCACUAAGCCAGCAGCAGCCGCAGCUGCAGCAAGCAAACGCAGUCUUGAAGCCCAUGCCUGCUGGCUCCUCCAAAACCCUGAGGCUGAUCAUGCAGCAGGGGCUGGCCAACCCCAGCUCGGGGAGCCCAGAGCCAUUUACUUUUGGCAACACCAAGCCUUUGUCCCAUUUUGUCUCUGAGCCGGGCCCCCAGAAGCUGCCCUCCAUGCCGGCCACCUCCAGGCAGCCUUCCCUGCUCCACUACCUGCAGCAGCCGAUGUUGACGCAGGCCUCUUCGGCCACCGCCUCCUCCACUGCCACCGCCACCUUGCAGCUGCAGCAGCAGCCGCCGCCGGACCCUUCUUCGUUCCUCCUGCAGCAGAUGAUCCAGCAGCCCCAGCGCGUGGCCCGAUCGCUGCCUGCGGAGCCCAGACAGGCCUGUUGCCAUCUGUUUGCAUGGACUUCUGCAGCUAGCUCGGUGGAACACCAGCACCAACACUGGGACCCUUUCACUAGCAGGCAAGAUGCUCAGCCUGGAGACGCGUCACCAUCUAUCAUUCCUCAUAUAGACAAAGCCUGCGAGCUUGGGGAAGCCAGGCCCCCCCAGGUCAGCCUCGGGCGGCAGCCCCCAGCCUGCCAGGCGCUGGGGAGCGAGCCCUUCCUGCCCGGCAGCUCCUUUGCUCAUGAGCUGGCCCGAGUCACCUCCUCGCACAGCGCCUCAGAGGCAGCGCCCUGGGGCGGCUGGGAUCCGAAGGCCUGGAGGCAGGUGCCUGCGCCACUGCUGCCUAGCUGCGACGCCGCAGCCCAAGAAACAGAGACCAAAUCCUAUGGCAAUGACCCCUGA